AUGGAUUUCAAGAAGGCAGACUUCAACAAACUCAGGGAGUUGGUAAAGGUGCUGAUUUAUGGAGGCGAUAUCUUGAACUUUGCAGGGGAUGCACUGCUAGCACUGUGGAAAGUGCAACGAAGCCAGCUGAGCGAUAUCAUUACACUUGCACUGAAAUGUAGCCUGAGGAUCCAGGAAGAGUAUGGGGUUCGUGAAACUGAAGUGGGUCUGAAGCUCCGAGUGAAGAUAGGGCUAUCUGCAGGUCACAUCUCCAAAGUUGUUGUUGGAGACAAUAAGCACCAAUAUUUUCUGGUAAUUGGCCGAGCAGUGGAUGGAGUUCGGUUGGCCCAAAACCUAGCAAAAGCAAGCGAGGUUAUUCUAUCGCCGAACUGCUGGGAACUCUGUAACAGGAACAUGAUAGAAAUAGAAAGAAUUAAAGAUCAAAGAGCUGUUAAGGCUAAAUACAUAAAGACCAUCUCUGAGAUUGAGUUCGACGAGUUCUUCUGGAAAUGUACUGAAUACCUACAGCACUUCCCCACGGGUGAAAGUAACAGUAUCCUCAGAGCAACCUCCACAUUGUCUCCUAAUGAUGAGCUGGAGAAGUCCCUCCGGAAGUAUGUGAUGAGAAACAUUCUGAAGAAGAUUGACGACAACCAACCUCUAGAAUAUUUAUCUGAGCUUCGGCCGGUCACAAUUGUCUUUGUGAACCUGCAGUUUGACAAAACUGCCAAUACCUUGCAUCUGUGCAAGGCCAUCCACGAUGCCAAUGUGAAGAUCUCAAACAUCAUCCACGUCUUCAGUGGCAAAAUCAACAAAGUCUUUAUGUUUGACAAAGGCUGCACAUUCCUGUGUGUGUUCGGGCUCCCUGGGGAUAAGCAGGCUGACGAGAGCACCCACGCCUUGGACAGCGCAUUUAAAAUCUUCAACUUCUGUUCUGAGACGCUCAUGAAAAUAAAGCUAGUUUCCAUCGGGGUUACCAGCGGGCCAGUGUUCUGCGGAGUAGUUGGCCAUCGUGUAAGGCACGAAUACACAGUCAUUGGCCAGAAGGUGAAUCUCGCUGCCUGGAUGAUGAUGUAUUAUCCGGGGUUAGUGUCCUGUGAUGCAGUGACCUACGCCAACUCCAGGCUGCCUCAUUACUUCUUUGAAGAGCUCCCCCAAACUGAAAUGAAAGGAGUUGUGAAUCCCGGCAUGGUCUAUCAUUAUCUUGGCAUCAUUGAGAUAAAAAUGUUUGGCACAGCGUAUCUCACCAAGGAGAGGUCUGAGUAUUACCACUUACUGGGAGCUGAUGAAUCUCCUGGUUGGCAGGCUGGUCGGGAAAAAGAGCUUGAAAUCUAUGACACUUUAUUGAAAGGAUUUGUGGGGUCUACAGAAGGCCGCAUCAUAAUGUAUGAAGGCCUUAUGGGCUAUGGAAAGAGCCAGUUACUUGCUGAAAUUGCCUACUUAGGCCAGGAGGCUGGCCACAAGGUUGUUGCUAUGGAGCUGACGAAGGUAAAUGUGCAGCAGAAUUUUUUUGCCAUCCGGACACUCAUGGCCAUGUUUCUGGGGAUUGAUGCCUGUAAAUCUGAAGUUGCAAGACAGCACAUCCUCCAUCGCAAACUCCAAGGUGUGGUAGAAGAGUCCUACUAUUGCCUCCUGAAUAACAUCUUUCGUGUUCAGUUUCCCAUCUCUGCCGAGGUUUUCAAAAUGGAUAAUGAAACAAGGACAGAGGAGAUGGAACUAUUUCUUGUGAAAAUACUACAGAAGGUAGUAGAGAAAGACAUUCUCAUUUUUGUCAUUGACGAAGCCCACUUCAUUGAUCCUGCAUCAUGGGAAUUUCUGGACAACUUGCUCUCCAACAUCCCAGUGUUUACGGUCAUGUCUCUAUCUCCUCCCAGCCGCCAAGCACGGCUGCCUUGUGGUUCUGCUGCAAACAUCAUUAAGAGCACAAAGACCACCUAUGUUCAGCUGCGGGAGCUAAAGCCCUCUGUGAUCCUGCAAAAAGCCUGCCAGGACCUUGGGGUGGUCAGCAUCCCCCGGGAGCUAGAAACGUUCUUGAUACAGAGAAGCCAUGGAAUUCCAUUUUACUGCGAGGAGUUGCUGCGGAACCUCCAUUUAAAGAACAUGCUCAUCUUCCAUCUGUGGGAGGAGGAGGAAGAAGUAGAUGAUGAGUGGGAGGGCCUUUUCACCAAUGCCAUCAAGGUCAUCCCCUCCAAAACGGAAUCGCUUUCCAGCUCAGACAAUGAAUUGUACAUUUGCACCAUUCGCCAGAAUGUUAAGUUGCAAAAUAUUAUGCUGCCCCCUACCUUAAAAGGCAUUGCACUGGCUGUGUUAGACAACAUGAGCCCUUCGGAGCAGAUGGUAGUGAAGUGUGCAGCUAUCAUCGGGCUGACUUUCACGACUGAUCUGCUGCUCCACAUCCUUCCUGAAUGGACCAAGAGGAAGAUGAAUCAGACGCUUGCAGCCCUGGUGGAUUCCCACAUCUUCAAGUGUUUUAAUAAAAGAAAGGACUCCCAGAAUGCACAAUCACAGGAUAUGCCCUCCACAGAGUUACUUGUUUGCCCCAGGACGGUGAGACCAAUUGGACAAGAGUCAGGUAUCCGCUCUUCUGUUUAUAACCUACUCAAGCAAGAGCAGCUGGUGAUACAAUGCGGCGUCAUGGCGUUUUGCAACCCACUGCUGCAGGAAGCGGCCUACGAGAUCUGGCUGAAGAGCCAGAAGAAAGCCUUACAUCUCAAGUGUGUGAGCUAUCUAGAAGGGCAGGCUCACAAAUGCAGACGCUGCGGAGAAGGGGACUUCAUUUCAUUUCACCGCCACACCGUGGAAAUGAUGCUGGAGAGCCUCGAGUCUCAGGAAAACAUUUCUGAGCAGCAUAAGGAAUACCCAUUCAGCGAAGCAGCCUCACGGAUCAUUUACACAACCCUGAAAAGGCUUCAGGGUCCCUCAUUUGAAGACAUCACUACUUCUACUUUCUCCAAGAAGUUGAAGUUAUUACUUCCACAAGACAUUGAGAAAGGGACUGUAAAGGCACUAAAGAAACACAAGAUGUUGCCAGAGGAAAAUCUUAGAGCUGAAGAGAUAGAGAAGGAGUUUCUGGAAAGGCUGGACGAGAUCAUUCAGCAGUCUGACAGGGGUCAGGAGAAGAUCAGGCGCUUGGGAUCCUGCGAAUGUGAAGAGAUCGUGGAGUCUGUCUUUGUGCCCCUGGCCCGGCACUGCAUGUCGAUGGGAGAAUACGCCAGAGCCUUGUAUUACUUGUUGGAGUGUGCAGCGGCUUACUUACAUCUGUCAAACAACUACAUGGCCUUUUGCAAUUUGAAUACAGCAGAGAAUCUGAUCAAAUCGGUGGACUUCAGAGCACUUGUAAUUAACCAGUUUGAGGAAGCUACCUUCUACAGCCUGAAGGGUGAGCCAGCCAAAGUUGGGGAGCAGAUGUCUCCCUUCCUUCCCAAUGCCCAUAGGGAGAAGAAAUUAGCUUUCCUGUACCAGCAGGGCCACUGCCUUUCCUUAUUGUGGCAACUUUUAGGCCUGGACACUGCUACAAACAGCAAGAAGUUCUGUCGCCUGGCAGCACUCAUGAAGGUGAACUCAGCAGAGGAAUCGGGUGAUGAGAGCCAGAUCAUUUCAUCCUAUAUGGAAUUCUCACUCUGCUGCCUGAUGAUGGGUUACCAAGAUGAAUGGAUGAAAUAUGAGCUGAUGGCCAUCCAGCGUAGCUCUCACCUCCAGGUUAUCGGAGGAGGGCUAUUAACAACAGUUAAAUUAGCACAGUCAUUGGCCUAUAUGAAGCUCUGCUUGGGUAACCUGCCCCUAUCUAUUCAGUUAGGCUAUCGAGCCCAUGAAAUGUGUGUGCGUCUGAAGAAACCGAAGCUGGACUAUCUGGUUCUCUGCAUGCUCUUCAAAGCUCUCUUUCUGAGCAUCAGGUUUGCCAGACUUCAGCAGUGGGGCAACUUCAAGGAGCCUUUUGAAAAGGCCAGAAGGUUGCUGAGGAGAACUAGCGCCUCAUUCUUUGCUACCAGUGGAUUCUGUAGAUUCUUGGAGUGUGAGAUCCUUAUGCUAUGGAAACACAUUGAGGAAAAGCCUAAAUUGGUCCAGGAGACUCGUACUAAGACGCUAAAGGACUUGGACCAGGUUCUCUCUCGAUGCUCCAGAAGCCCUAUCUAUUACCCUAGGGUUUACCACCUGAAAGCCUAUAUCCUCCUGAUGUUGGGCAAUGAAGAACAGAGCCAAAUCUACCUAUCCCAAGCAUUCCAACUCUGUGACAUAUAUGGAAACCUCCUGGAGAAAUCCUGGCUGGAGAUCAGCGAUGAGUGGUGGUUCACUGCAAAAGGCCCCAUGGAAGACUUAUGGCUGAAGGCCGCACCAGAUUUUCCCAAGUGGGAAAUAGGAAUGACAGAGAAAGACUUUCCAGAGAUCCAUAAAACCAAGUACUUGCUGCGGGUGCCAGCAUUGGAUAUUAACAAUCCUUUCCCAGAACCUGAGAUCCCCGAUGCCCACAAAAUGGAUCUCUUAACGUUUCCCAGAUAUAAUCCCAAUGACAUCAUAACUCACAUCCGCAAUCAGAUCCUAACAGGAUCCGAAGCUAAAAACCUCUCCAAAAAUGACUUGUUUCCAAAUCCCAAGCCUGAGGUAUUGCACAUGAUCUUCAUGAGAACCUUGCAGAAUGUGUAUGGAAUCCGUCUGGAGCACUUCUACAUGAUGCCGGUCAAUGUUGACAUAAUGUAUCCACAGAUUGUUGAAGGCUUCCUACCUAUUUGUAACUUGUAUAUUAAUAUCACCAGCCAGACCCUGGCAGAGCUGAACCUCCAGGAUAACAGACUGGAAGACUCCAGAGUGCAGCUGCUGUGCGAGGCACUGAAACAUCCAAACUGCAAACUGCAGAAAAUAAAGUUGCGGGAUUGCCAUCUCACAGCUGCUUGUUGUGGGGACCUCUCCUCUGUUCUUAGCACCAGUCAGACCCUGUCUGAGCUGAACCUGAAACGCAAUAAACUGGAGGAUUCAGGAGUGCAGCUGCUGUGUGAGGGACUGAAACAUCCACACUGCAAACUGCAGAAACUAAAAUUGACGAAUUGUGAUUUCACAGCUGCUUGUUGUGGGGAUCUCUCCUCUGUUCUUAGCACCAGACAGACCCUGACAGAGUUGGACCUGAGGAACAACAAACUGGAAGAUUCAGGAAUGAGGCUGCUGUGUGAGGGACUGAAACAUCCAAACUGCAAACUGCAGAAUCUAAGGGUAAAGCAGCUGUGCAGCUGCCCUAAAGGUGCAGCCAAUGAUCCUGCUGACACAGGGUAA